CCCACAACUUUUUGUUGUUUUUCUUGCAGUAACAAAUUCCACAUGAAGCUUGGUGUGCAUAAUAGAGAUACGCCAAAUGGGAAUGAGCAGAUAAGAGAGCCAAUGGAGGAAUGGUGUUGUCCUGACACCAGCAACUGUACCACAUACAAGCAUGACAUCAUGUUGAUCAGACUGAACAGCUCCGUUAACUACACUGCACACAUCGCGCCUCUCAGCCUGCCCUCCAGCUCUCCCACUAUGAGCUCGUAUUGCACUGUUAUGGGCUGGGGCACUAUCACAACUCCUGAGGGGACUUAUCCCAAAGUCCCUUAUUGCGUUGACAUUCAAAUAGUCCAUAAUCAGGUGUGUCAAGCAGCUUACCCACACCAGACAGUGACCAAGAACAUGUUGUGUGCUGGAGACCUGGAAGGAGGCAAAGAUUCAUGUGAGGGUGACUCCGGGGGACCCCUCCUGUGUAAUGGAGAAUUCCAGGGCAUUGUAUCUUGGGGGGGCUCUCCUUGUGCCCAACUUCUUGAGCCUGGCAUCUACAUCAAGGUCAUCAAUUAUAUUGAAUGGAUCCAGGGCAUUAUUGCAGGAAAUACAAAUGUGAUUUGUCCCCCUCUCCAGUGAAAAUCCUUUGAAAAAAGUUAGGAGAAAAAUGUAACAUGGUGUAUUAGUAAAUCUCUCUCUUCUCUGUCCCCAACCAUAUCCAAUUACAUUGGAGCAUAUUUCCAUGCGGUAAGCCUUUUUUAGACCCAAUAGGACUUCCUUUGGAGUUAAGACACACCCAAAAUAAUGCUGGAGGGAUCAUGUCCCAGAGUUAAAUCUCAGUAUAUAAAAGUAAAAAUCAGUACAAAGGCCUGUUUUAGGGCGAGGUGCAAAAUUUUCUGACUCCAGAAUAGAGCCCUCCAAACAUUUUAACCUCUGAACAUCUUUCAAUGUUUGUCCACUUCUGGAACAUUUACAUCAUCCCACAUGGAGUCAUGGAGUCACCUCGUGAACAUAUCCACAUACCUGAGCCCUACUGUGGUCUAAAAAGGAUCCCAGAUUACCUCUCCUCUCCCAACCAUUAAAGAAUAGAAUCUUUUCUUUAAUCAUGUUAUGUGAAUUCCCAGCUGAAAACAAACUGGAAAGAAACAGAUGCCAACAGUAAUAAAAUAUUAUAAAUCAUC